AGAAGCUGUACCUCUGAAAACAUCAUUAGUGCUGCGCAAGUCAUUUCCAACAUGGCUCCUGCGCCCGGGUCUGUACUCUCCCUCCCUCGUCCUCCUUUUGUCCUCUCUUCAGCACCACUACUUUCCUCUACCUUUGUCUAUAACGCUGAGUGCAUCAAAUGGAUAUAGCUUCUAUUUUCACUGCUACUCAGGUCCCAGUGGGGCUGAACUCUCUCUGGACUGCAUUCGGGCUAGCUCUUGCAGCAUGCACUACAUGCCUGGCAUACCGAGCCUUCUUUUCACCGCUUGCAUGCAUUUCAGGGCCGUUUCUGAACAGGAUCUCUAACCUUCCACUUCAAUACCAUAUGCUCCGAGGACACUAUCACUGGUACUCAACACAGCUGCAUGCCAGGUAUGGCGACAUGGUGCGCAUGGGAAUCGACCAUGUUUCUCUGUCAAAUACGGCCGACACACGGCGUGUGCUGGCCACGCACGCAUUCCGGAAGGGUCGUAUGUAUAACCAAAUUGAGUCAAACGGGUAUGGCGUCAAUACAUUUUCGACGGUUGACCCCGAAGUAAACAAGCUCCGUCGGCGCUUGAUUGGAGAUGCAUUCGCAAUGCAUACCAUGCGCCAGGUUGAGGGCCUAAUUGUAGAAUCAGGCGCCAGCGCUCUCAUCAAGCUGUGGGACAGCGAGAUUGCCAGCCAAGGAGGCAUCGCUCGCAUCAACUACUUUUAUACAUUUCACCGGAUGGGCUACGAUGUUAUUGGCGAACUAGCAUUUGGCAGGACCUUCAACACUCUUCCGACUGGCGAUAUGGAACUUAUCGACUGGAUACACGACUCGAUAAAGCUUAGUAUAUUGAUUGGCCAGGCGCCGAUAAUCACAAAGUUCCUCUGGGUUUUCAGGCGGCUGGUAGACUCGACUAAGAAGAUCCAGCGGCUGGUACAUGACACCAUCGAGACACGCAAGAAGCUGAUCCGUGAGGCCGGCAAGCCACCGCGUGUCGAUGUUUUGCAAAAGUUUAUCGAUGCCAAAGACAUGGAAACCAGCAAUGUGCUUCUGCCUGUCCAGCUCGAAUCUGAGGUUCGCCUGACGCUCCUUGCCGGGUCUGACACCACCAGCAACACUCUGUCGUUUACUAUCAUGAACUUGAUGCAUUACCCAGAGCACUACAGGCGGGUUACAGACGAAGUCCGCUCAGCGUUCCCCGACACCUCCAAGAUGAUUUCCUUUGCUGAUGCCAAGGCCAAGCUGCCGUACCUCACCGCGGUCAUAUAUGAAUCCAUGCGCCUCAAUCCCUCCCUUGCGAAUAUGCUCCAGCGUAGCGUUCCAGCAGAAGGCGCUAUAUUCCAGAAUUGCUUCUUGCCAGGCGAUACGCAGAUUUGCAUCUCAAUUUCUGCAUGCCACCGUAAUCCGCAGCUGUGGAAUAACCCUGACGUCUUUGACCCUGAGCGUUUCCUUGGUCCAGACUCGGCAGAACGGAUCAAGGAUAUACUGACAUUCAGUUCUGGAGUUCGCGCGUGCAUUGCAAAGAACAUGGUCAUGCUCGAGUUGUAUACCGCGCUGGCCAACACAUUGCGUCGAUACAAUUUCUCGCUGCCAGCAGACUCGAUGUACGGCCCUCACAGACUCGACAGGAACGAAAUCCCUGUGGAGAUCCCUUCGUCGUCCUUCAUUGUCACUGGGCCAACGAGCCCUAAGGCCCACUGCUGGGUUAACAUUUCAAGGGCGUAAAGUAGUCAACGCUAAAUAGCGCAUCAUGGGUAUUAUCCCGCUCAAAUUGGUAGCCUUGUUUUAUUUGAGAGUAGAGUUUGAUCGCAUACAUAUAAAUGCUACCGGCAUCCUGGA